GAGUGGCUCGGGAGCGCGGCUGGUGAGUGCGCGCGCGCGGCGCCGGGGACGGCGGCCCUGCCCCUCCCGGCCCGGCCCCGGGGACCGUGCUGGGCGGGAGCUUCGGGAGCCGGCGCACGGGACUCGAACCCCAAGGGCUCCCGCCGCCAGGUCCACGUGGAUCCUGGGCCGCAGUGGAACUGGAGCCCGCCCCCCGCGCGUGGGGGAGGGGGCGCUGCAGUCGGGUUCCCCUUUUUCUGGAGCUCAAAGCCUGGGGAAGUGAUUGCUCAAAGGUGGGGGCCGGAAGAACCCAGGUUUCCGCGUCUCCCUCCCCCUCUCAGCCCGGUGAGGAGGGGCCGGGGCGGGACACCCUGUCCGCCCCCGCCCCCACCCCGCUGGAUCUGGCAGCCACUCAGCCCUUCGAGCUGUAGGGGAGGCGCUGCGCCCCCAGCCCCAGCCGAUCGGGGGCUCCUGGCGCUAGCUAGCCUCCCUCCAGAGCGCCGCAGGAGUCCCUCCUGCCGUCUGACUUGAGUCCCUGCUGCUGCAGUGCACGCCCCUUCGGCAGCCAGGGUGGGGCCCAGAACCAACCUGGCCCCUCCUGCCCCCACCCCGCCUUUGGGUCGCUGGUCUAGUCUGCUGCCCCUGGCUGAGACCUCUGGGACCCACAGACAGACCUGGACUCUUGAUGGGAAGCCACUCUGCCCACUCCCCACCCCAGACACCCUAGAAGCAAGUCUGGCCACCACCCGCACGCACCAGUUGACCCCCAGGCUGUGGUGAGGGUCUGAGAGCUGGUACCACGGAGCCUGGGCAACCUCCUCCGCCCACCCAUGCCCACCCCGCAUGAGGCUGAGAAGCAGAUCACAGGGCCAGAGGAGGCGGACCGGCCCCCUUCAAUGUCCAGUCAUGAUGCAGCCUCUCCAGCGGCCCCCAGCCGCAACCCCUGCUGCCUGUGCUGGUGCUGCUGCUGUAGCUGCUCCUGGAACCAAGGGCGGCGGCGAGCAUGGCAGGCCUCCCGGGAGAGCAAGCUGCAGCCCCUCCCCAGCUGUGAAGUAUGUGCCACGCCAAGUCCUGAGGAGGUGCAGAGCUGGGCGCAGUCUUUUGACAAGCUGAUGCACAGCCCAGCGGGACGCAGCGUGUUCCGGGCGUUCCUGCGGACAGAGUACAGCGAGGAGAACAUGCUCUUCUGGCUGGCCUGCGAGGAGCUGAAGGCCGAGGCCAACCAGCAUGUGGUAGACGAGAAGGCGAGGCUCAUCUACGAGGACUACGUGUCCAUCCUGUCCCCCAAGGAGGUGAGCCUGGACUCCCGUGUGCGGGAGGGCAUCAACAAGAAGAUGCAGGAGCCGUCCGCACACACGUUUGACGACGCGCAGCUGCAGAUCUACACGCUCAUGCACCGGGACUCCUACCCACGCUUCCUCAGCUCUCCCACCUACCGUGCCCUGCUGCUGCAGGGACCCUCACGGUCCUCCUCCGAGGCCUAGGCCGCCCCCAGCAGCACGGACUCCGCCGCCUCCUAUGGCCGACUCUGGGUUCCCUUCAGGUGUUGGUGUCGGCAGGGCUGUCGGGGCGCACGCCUGGCUGGCUGGAGUCCCCACCCGCGGAGACGGUCCUAGACCCAAUGGGGAGCGCUGUGUCUCCUGGCUCUGCCCACCCGUGGCCAAGCAGGAACUCCAGGUGCAGGGCGGGCCAGAAGCCCCCUCAUCGGCCCGCAGAUGGCUGGCCCGGUGCUCCUGGCUGGGGGCUCUUGCGUGGUGAGAGUAGGGGUCCCCCCAGAGCCUCGCUGGGGCCUCCUCCCCAGGCAGCCGAUGGGCCCCAGACAAGCCUUUGGUGGGGAACAGAACCUCCGCAUCGUGUAGUUUUGUGACAUAAGGAGACCUCCUACUUGAGCUGUCUGUACCCCAAAGUCAAACCCAGAACCUCAGAACCAGAUGUAGGACCUCAGAAUCCUGCACUCAAGGUGGCAGGACCCAACUUCUGUUUUAUAUGUUCAUGAACUUUAAACCUGGAAACAUGUCCUUACUAGGUGUUUUAUCAAAAAGAGGUUUUCAUAUUUAUCUCUAUCCCUAACCCCCCAAAAAUAGGAUGUCUUAUUAUUGAAGACAUUUUUAAAGCAAAA